AUGAAUAUCUUACCGAUUCUAUGGAUUCAGGUCAGUAUCACGUUUGUCCUAGUGUUCCUGAGAACACACUCUGUGAAUAGGACGUUGAUGAAGCCACCAAAGGAUUACAAGGCCAAGUUGUUGUCAGUACUAUCGCAGCCAGGAAACUCAAUCGUGAAACAUCUAUGGAAACUAGGCGCUAUCAGACGCCAAUUGAUAUUACUGUCGUCAGUUCCCAGGUUGUAUACCAACGAGGAUGACUAUAGUAGCAUAACAGUGAGUGAUUCUGCUGAAAAACAGUUACUCAUCGAAAAAUUGAACGCUAAUGAACAGCCUACUAAGAAAAUUUAUGGAUUUUUCCAUCCUUACUGUAAUGCAGGUGGUGGUGGUGAAAAAGUGCUCUGGAAAGCUGUUGAAACCACUUUGCAAGAUGCUUCUGACAAUGUGGUAAUCAUAUAUACAGGCGACUCAGAUGUCAAUGGCUCUACAAUUUUACAAAAUGUUAUCGACAAAUUUGAUUAUAAUCUGGACAAAGAUAGAAUUGUUUUUAUCUUCCUCAAAUAUAGAUAUCUUGUCGACAGCAAUACAUGGUCGCAUUUCACUCUGCUAGGGCAGGCACUAGGUUCUAUCAUUUUGUCCAUCGAGGCUCUUUUAAGAUGCCCCCCAGAUGUUUGGUGUGAUACUAUGGGAUAUUCGUUUGGUUACCCUUGGGUCUAUCACCUGCUUAGAAUCCCCAUCGUGGCGUACACUCAUUAUCCUGUCAUCUCUACAGAUAUGCUAAACAAACUCUUGAAUCAAAAGCAAACCUUAAAGGUAAAACUGAAAUAUUGCUAUUGGAAGUUAUUUAUGUUAUAUUAUCAGCACAUGGGUACUUUCGUAUCAAUUUCGAUUACAAAUUCUACGUGGACAAACAAUCAUAUUAAGCAAAUUUGGUCCAAAGCUGAUCAAAAGAUAAUAUAUCCACCAUGUUCGACUGAAAAGUUAGUAAGGACUGAUAAUUCCACUGGAAGAACUAAUCAAGCCAUCAUCUUAGCACAAUUCCGUCCAGAGAAAAGACAUAAAUUAAUUAUUUCAUCUUAUGGAAAAUUCAUCGAGAAAAACCCAACUCUAGUAGACAAAUUGCCCAAUUUAUUAUUUAUUGGUUCGACAAGAUCAAAAUCUGAUGAAGAUUACGUUAAAGAAUUACGAGAAUAUGGUCAAGAAUUGAAUAUUCCAGAUAAAAAAUGUAAGUUCAUGCUUAAUGUGUCAUAUGACGAAAUCAAAGAUAUUUUAAACGCCUCCAAAUUCGGUAUUAAUGCAAUGUGGAAUGAACAUUUUGGUAUUGCCGUCGUUGAAUACUUGGCAGCGGGACUCAUCCCAAUUGUUCAUGCAUCAGCAGGACCAUUGUUGGAUAUAGUAAUUGAUGAUAGUGUAGGUUUCUUCUUCAAAGAUGAAACAGACCCUGAUUUUACUAAUUACGAAACAUACAAAUCUUUGGAUGUAGUGCUUCAAGAUGCCAUUAAUUUAGAUGAACCGAAAAGAAUUGAAAUGUCUGAAACAGGCCAAAAGAUUGCUGUUGAAAAAUUCUCUGAUAUGAAAUUCAAUGAUAAUUGGCAAGAGUUAGUCCUGAAUAAAUUAAAUAAGAAGGAUAAAUAG